GCGUGGACUGCGGUCUCGAUGGCGUCCGGUGGCGAGAGUAGCAACCCAAGUCAAGGCAACAGCUCCGAGCAGGGAGGGCCGACGUCGUCUGUUGCCACAACGCUAGGUUCUGGUGUUGUUCAAAUGGCGAUUGACGUCUCGGAAGUCGCGGCGACGGGAACGGCCUCCACAUUGAUCGACCUCAAUGUGAAGACCGUUGACCAGCGCCAGUUUCAGAUCAACUUGCUCGCGUCGUCGUCGGUGCCGCAAUUGAAGAGCAAGAUUGAGCUCGAAACAGGUGUUGUCACGGAUAGGCAACGACUCAUUUUCCGUGGGAAGGUGCUGAAGAACGAAAACAACUUGGCGCAUUACGCGUUGGAAAACGGCCACACGUUGCAUCUUGUGAUUCGUCCAGCUGACGCGAGUCCGACAGUCGCAAGCAGUGCUUCCUCCGUUACCGCUCCACUGCGCGAAGGGGAUUCUGCUUCCACUUCGUCCCGUCCAGCACGCAUCAUCUCGGGUCUUCGCCCCGGCGAAUCCCCGUCCCAAUCUCGAUCCAACGACGACCCCGACCCUUCCUUAAUGCAUGGUGAUGGAAGCAACCAAAAUGGAAUUCCCCGUGUGUUGGCGACAUUCGCUGUUCCAGAAGGCGCUCAAGGCAUGCCGUUUCUGCAGUCGUUACUGUCCACCAUCAUGAACUCCGUCCAGGGCGUCAGUGAAGGACAGCCAGCGUCCACCACAGGUUCUGCGGACACGACCAACUCCCCUGCAGCAUCGUCUAUUGCCCCCCUUCGCACGGACGCGUCAGGUCCGUCCACCCGGAACAUCCCCAUGGAACGGGUGAUGCUGCGAGCGAACGCCAAUUCUCGUCACGACCGCGCGGGGCGAGUGAACGCGCUGCUCGAUUCCCUCAUGCGGGGGCUGGAUCGACCAGACUCGGACUUUCCGCCCUCCAUCCGUGACCUCACACAUGCAUCGUACGAAGCCGACGUCCAAGUGCUUCGCAACAACAUCGAGACGCUGGUUCUGUUAACAACCGACCUCCAACCUCGAUUCGAACGGCUUUCAGUGGCGUUGCAAGAAUUGCACGUGCGACGCGGCAACCGGGCGCUGCAAAUGGAGUUGGUGAGCCCCAUCUUCCGGACGAUUGAGGCGCUGCAGUCGUCGGGGGAUGUCGCGGGGCUGCUCGCACGGAUCAGUCGGCGUCUGUUUUUGCGAUACAACGGCGGACCGCCGACCCCAGAGGCCCCUGCCGACCUAAUCGCGUCAUCCCUGUCGCAACCAGGGGCAUCUUCUCGGUCUGUCCAACCUUUCCCGUCUUUACUCGAGGCGCGUUUACCACCAACCAGCACGACCCCCUCGACUUCGUCGUCGUCCGCUGGGCUCCUCGUGGAUCUCCAAGGUCAACAAUAUCGACGAACGGACGCUUUCAACGCCAUGGUGCAGGGCAUGCGAGAGGCCGCCACGUCAUCCACUGCAUCGCGCACCACCGAGGCCAACAACAGCUCGAUGUUUGAAUUUGAAGCACGGAUUCCAAUCAUUGUCUUCCCAACCCAAGAAUCGUCGUCCCAACAGUCGCCAGCCGCCCCACCCCAGCGGCGGUGGAAUUUCGCUUCGUUUGCACGACGCGUGAUGCAGACGCUGUCGGCCGGGGACGUGUUUGGCGUGCUCGGCGGCUCCCGCGACGCUCUGCUCAGUGUCAUCCAACACGUGGGCAUGCAACUAAUCGAAGGCAACGACUUUCCCCCCAUGUCUCCGGGCACGAACCGGGACUGGAGCGUCGACAUGAUCGCCGCCCUCCGCGACCACGUCGACACGCUGCCCCGCUUCCACCACCCCCUGCUGCCCCCCGCGUCGCCGAACCUCGCGGGUCACAUCGUGCAAUCCGUGUCGCCGUUCGCGCCUGAACUCAUAGUGGCUUUGAUCCGGGGGACCAACGUCGAGCCCGCCAAUGCGUCGUCGUUCCUGGACAGCGUGUGCCCCUUUUUCGGCCACAUGGCUCGGCAAGUCGUGUCGGACAUCCUCGCGCAGCUCUCGGACCAUCCGUCGGCCCUGACAAGCGUGCUGGAAGACCUGCUUGUGCACUUUGGAGUCGCCCGUCACAUUGCCGUGUUUGUCGUCCAAACGUUUCAGACCAUGCCAGACGUCCAACACGCGUUGCGACCGACAACCCCCCCCCGUGUGGCGUCGACUCGGCCUCGCGACGACACUGCCGAUGGCGACGUGCCGAAGCGGGCUCGGUUGGAGUAGAGCAGAGCAUGUUAUAUGAUGAAGCUCGCUCUCGAGUAGAUGAUAUAUAGAUAUAGUCGUGGUUACAGAUAAUAAUUUAUUUUGAUUGUCGA